CACUCCCGAGUCCUUGCUUCCUUCAUCAGGAUGAGGAGCUGGAAUAUCGUGGGGACAGAGGCCUCAGAGAGCCACCCAAUGAGUCCACAGCAGCCAUGGACAGUCCGUGAGGGGGAGGGUGUGCCUGCAGGGGGCGUGGCCCCAUGCCGCCCGCCACCUGCAUGCGCACUGAGCCGACCAAUCAGCGAGGAGCGCGGGCAGCCGGGGCGGCUGCUGCUCUCGUGAGAACAGAGGACCCAGGCCCUCAGAGGAGCUUGGUGAUGCCAGCCUCUGCAGGUCCUCUGAGGGAGCAACAUCAGGGCUCCCUCAGGUUCAGAGGUCGCCUCUAGCUUCCCAGGACAGUCAGCCAUGGAGCCCGUGGGCAGGAAGGGCAGCAGGAUGGUUGCCAAGGACCAGUUAGAGGUUCAAGUUAUGGCCGCCCAGGAAAUGGAGCUUGCAGGAAAGGAUCCAGUAAGUCAUGAGCAUGAGGAAAGAAAACCUGUUACAGAGACAAAGGAGGGAGAUGUAACUGAUGAGCAUGGGGAAAGAGGAUCUUUUGCUGAAACAGAUGAACACACGGGGGUUGAUACCAAGGAGCUAGAAGAUAUUGCAGCUGACAUUAAAGAGGAUCUUGCUGCAAAGAGAAAAAGGAUUGAAAGGGUUGCAAAAGCUUGCAGCGAAAUAAAGAACAGAAUUAAAAAUGUUUUGAGAACAACACAACUAAAAAGGCAGAAACGUGAUUAUAGAAUUUCUCUGAAGUUGCCGAAUGUCCUUGAAGAGUUCAUCACAGAUGAGCAGAAAGAUGAGGAAGGAGAAGGAGAAAAGGAAGAACAAAUUAAAAUAUUUCAAGAGCAACAAAAGAGGUGGCAACAAGAUGGGAGAGGAACUGAAAGAGAUUGAGCCACCACACGAGCAAUUCACAAAGGUCCGUUCUAUUUGGUAACACAAUACAUUCUUAUAAAAUACAACACAUGCAUAAAAAUAGAAGACAAUCUGCUUGUUUCUGAAUGUAUGGAAAGACAUUUUGGUUAUACAUUUUAAAUUACUUACCAUUUUCACUUUGAAUGUGUUGUUCCAGAUUUAACAUAAUUAGUAAAUACAUUAACAUAAAACAGUAUUUUUAGGAUUCAUGAAUAGUUUUGUAGGAGUUAUUUAGAACAGGAAAAGGUAAAUUGGAAAUUUUACCUAGAAAUAUACAUCUUGUGUAUAAAAAUUGAUACCUUAUGAACACAUUAAUGAAGACUUUAUUUUCAGUUUUUAGGAGAUCAGCGACAAAUCUUUAGUGGAAGGCAGAAAGUCCAUAAGUCCUUUCUGGAUGUCUUUUUUACUUGUGUUGUUUCAAGAGUUUUAGUUAAAUAGGAAGUAGGCAAAUGUAACUACUGAGUAUCUCUUUUGUUUUCUGCUGUAAUGUAGGAGUGUUUUAUGGCAUAUUCACUUUCAAAAUUAUUAGUGACUAGUAAUGGUUUUACAUGACAAUUUGUAAUCAUAAGAGGUGGUUCAGAUGUAUAACAGAAUGGGAAAGCCAGCAGAUUAUUAACACGUUGUGAAUUGUGAAUUAUCUGCUGUCAUACAGCACAUUAGCAAAUUGUCAUCGGACAAUGACCUCUUCUUCAUGUAGAUGUAUAUUAUUUAGGAAACAAUGGAAUUCCCUUCUGGGAGGUAAGAUAUUCUUUUUAAUAACCUGUGGAAAGACAUGUUCAUAUGUCACUCCUCUACACUAACUGAGAUGUGUUAAAUAAACUGGGAAAAGAGUUUGAAAAUAGAAUUUUCAAGCAACUCAAGGAUUAUCUAUACACAAAACAGUUAUUUAUAUAGAAGUCACAAGUAGAGAACAUGUUGCUAUAAUGUUCCCCAGAAACCAUUUAUUAAUUGGUAUGAACAUGAGACUAGAAAAGUUUUCCUGUCAAUGUUAAUGCUACAUGUUACCACUUAGGGUAGGAACUUCGGUAUCAUCUUGGACUCUUCUGAGUCCAUUAUCUUUCCCAUACAGUUUUCAUGAGGCAAGUUUUACUCUGCAAUGGUCCUUAAAUUUCUUUUUUUAAAUUGCCACUGAGGCAACCCUAGUUCAAGACCUCAUUCUUCCUUGCUUGUACUAUUAAACUCUUUUCUGAGUUCUCUCUUCUCUUCUGAGCCACCCUUCAUUGAUCAGAAAUACUAUCUUCCUAAAACUCUUCCCUUCCUAAAAUGCUUCUAGCCCUUCACUCUUCCCAGCCUGUCAGUGGUAUCCACAUGUCAGUUCUUAGAUAUUCAGAGACUCUCCCCUUUACAUGACCCCCUCUUAGGCUUGUUUUACUGCCUUCUGUCUUUCUUCCCGCCUCUCCUGGUUGACAGCCUUCUCUGAACGACCUCUCCAUUACUCUCAUGCUUUGCUCAUGCUCUUCCCUCACAAUGCUUUUAAAAUCUUUUUUUUUUGACCGAUUGAAAUCUUUUGCCAACUAAGUGGACAUCAGUCUCCAUUUUUGGCUACAUGUCCGAGUGAGUUGCUCUUCCAUAGCAGUUACAUAAGUUUUGUAUUAUUUUUUUUAUUCGUGCAUAUUUGCUCAUGUCACAGGAAUAUGGAAGAGAUUGUGUAUUCAUUUUUUACAUCUUCCUCAGCAUUAACAUACCACUUUUUAGGGAGUAGGAACUGUUGAACUAUUUGUUGAGGGAAUAGUAUAUAUUUCAAACAUAGUUAUGUUUUCUCUAACUUGAUGAGGUCAUGUCACAGACCAUUUUAUCCCUUCAGUGGAAACCAUGUUAUGUGGACUAUUAGUGAUAACAAAUGGGUCACUAUCUGGUGAAAAAAUAUGGUAUUUCAUGAUCUAAGACUACCAGUCUUUUUCUGUUUUUGCUCCAUCUUGACCAUAACAUGUUCAUCAAACCAUUUUCUUCAAGCAAAGUACAUGACUGUUGGACCUGCUAUAAUAAUAUUUCACUAAAAUCUGGCAUUAAAAAUUUUAAGUAUUUGGAGCUCCAUGUACUGAUUACAGUUUUUAAAUUUGAAAUAAAUAACCAGCAUCCUUUGAAUAUUAAAAGCUGUUUCCUUUUGACAUUUAAUUUACUCUGUUUAAAAUGUGAGUUGUAAAGUGAUGGUUUGUCGGUGAACUAGACUUUUUGUUUUAGAGUGUGAGGACUUGGAAGAGUAUAAUGAAAGCCCUCUUUGUGGUGAAGAGAGUCAACUUAAAAAAUAAAUUGCCAUGUUCCAAAAUAAUAUUGUGGUAAUUGUUAAGUAGUGCAUAUUUUAUCUUAAAAACUCAGGAUUGAUGUAAGCACUGGAAUAUUUUAUUUGUAGAAAUGUGUAUCGCAAUUACUUAAAUUUAUUUUUUUGAAACAGCUGCAGCAAGAGUUGGCACUUAUUCAGAUGUAUCUUCAACCUCUGUUAUUCUGAUGACUGACAAAAGAACUUGAACCUAUGUUAUAUGAUACAAGCAUAACUUGAGCUACACUAAACCACAUGACAGUGUUUAGUUAAUUCUCGUAUAAAUUAGCGUAUCUCUUCUAUUAUUAGUCUGUUUGUUAAAUGCCAGACCACGUUUCUAUGAUCUGUUGAAUGAACCCUAGACAGUUCUGUGAGAAAGCAGCAAUUGCACAGUUACAUACACAGUCAAUUAAAUUUUAGCAUUAAAGAUAAUUUAGUUUUA